UUAUCAUGGUUCCUGAUCCCAGGAGUUGAGUUGGCAAAGCAGCAGCACCAAGUGCUCAUGAGUGCGCUUCCGCCCGUCGGGAUCGCACUCCUCAUGGGAUCCUCUGGUGUCGACAAAUGGAGCAAUAAAGAGAUCUGGGACGAGUUGCUUCAGGCGCCGGUGGUUAUCAGUACUCAUCAGGUGCUCCUAGAUGCUCUCACCCAUGGCUUCGUACAGAUGGAGCGUAUCGGCUUGUUAAUCUUCGAUGAGGCCCAUCAUUGUAUACAAAACCACCCCGCGAACAUGAUAAUGCGGCACUUCUACCACGAGCGAGUACGGGACGGACUCCCGGUGCCGGACAUCUUGGGGCUCACGGCAAGCCCCAUCAUGAAAUCGAAUCCCGCACAGCUGAAAAUAAUCGAGUCCAACCUCAAUGCUAUUGCCCGGACGCCAUUGAAGCACCGCAAAGAGCUGCUGGAGAAUGUUAGGCCGCCGAAGCUUAAGUUGGUGAGUUCCUUCUACGCGGGAGUGCCCAACUCUCUCGCAUCGCUCCUGGAGGCCUACGAAUGCAUGGAUAUAAUGGAAGAUCCGUACAUCAUCAUGCUACAGAGACGUCUUGACAACAGAGCCGAACGUGAUCUCCAAAUGGCCAUCAUGAGCGAGAAAACGUACUCGCAGGAGCACAUGAAGACCUUUGUCAACAAGGCGUGCCAUAUCAUGUCCGAAUGCGGUGUGUGGGCUACCGAUUGGUUCAUCACCGGAGUCAUGGAUGAGGCGCUGGGAGAUGAUGAUGCCGAUAAAGACGACCGGGUCGGAGACGAUUUCAGAGCAUUCUUCAGCACCGGUGAUGAAGCACGCUAUGUGCGCCGCAUUCUGCAGGAGGUCGUGCUACCGAGCACGUUAGGUCCGAUCGAAGACCAUGUUUCGGCAAAGGUGGAUACACUCAUCGAGGUGCUGCUGGAGGAGUACUCGGCAGAGCACAGUGAUUUCUCCGGACUGGUGUUCGUGACGCAGCGGGCUGCUGUGGCUGUUAUCGCCCAGAUCAUCUCCCAGCAUCCGAAGACGCGAGACCUUUUCCGGGUCGGCACUAUGGUCGGCACCUCGACCAGCGCCCAGAGGAAUCAAAGAUUCCUGCACGAUGUAUUGGUGGGCGGCAAGAAGCAGGAAGGUACCCUCAGGGAUUUCCGUGCCGGAAAGUUGAACCUACUUAUAGCCACUUCGGCCAUCGAGGAAGGAAUCGAUAUCCAGGACUGCCAUCUGGUGGUGUGCUUCGACCUGCCUACCAAUUUGAAGAGCUUCGUCCAGCGCCGAGGAAGAGCCCGUCGCGAAUCCAGCUCGUACGUCAUCAUGCUAGGCAGCCGCGACACCAGUGGUGUUAUUGCUUUCCAGGAAAUGGAGAAGGAGAUGAUCAAAAUGUACUCCGACCCGAACCGAGAACUCGAGCAAGUUGAGGAUGACGAGUGCGAGGAAGGAGAGGAUCGGGUCAUGAGAAUGAACAAAACACAGGCUCUAUUGAUGUUUGCAAACGUCCUGCCCCAUCUCUACCACUUCUGUGACUGCCUGCCCAUGGGAGACUUCGUAGACUCGCGCCCCGAAUUCCGAACAGAAUGUAAAAUCCUUCCACCUCCGGGAGGCGGUCGCGAGUGGACGGCCGAGGUGAUCCUACCUAAUGCCAUCGAUCAGGCUAUCCGGCGGUCCUCCGGGACACGAGCCUGGAAGACGGAACGUGCGGCGAAACGCGACGCCGCCUUCGAGGCGUUCCUGAAACUGAUCAAGCUACAGCUUGUGGACGACUACUUGAUGCCGCUGGUUAAGGGCGAGUUCCAGAACGAACAGGAAGUGCAGAAGAGGGCGCCGAGAGUCGAGGUCGAUCAGCGGAUGGAUAUAUGGGCCGAGGUCGGCAAGAAGUGGGAGAACGCGGAGUCGCUGUAUAUCAUGACUUUGACGUUGGACUUCGACACCGGCAGAACGGUUAGUGUUGAUAUGGUAUUGCCGGUUGAGGUCCCUUAUGUUGAGGAAUUCGAGCUGUUCUGGCCGCUCAGCGAUACGGCGAAUGCGAGAUUUGGCCGUAGUCGUCGUAUCGACUACGAUCCGAUGAUGGUGGAGCGCGGCAGGAAGGCAACCCGCCGGCUGAUGAUGACUGUGUUUAAUUCCAGGAUGGAUGCCAUGCGCGACGAUUUCAUCUACCUCUUCCUCCCUAGCGACGGCGGCGAGUCUUGGGACAUGAUUCCCGACGUACACCAAAACGCCCUUGAGUUGAUCAACGAAAGGAAUGGCGAUUUGUCUAACAUAGGGCUAUUGCGGAAAACCUCAAACCAAAUGGCGUAUAUAUUCAGACGGCUGGUAACGGACGUGGAUAUCGGUAACGCCGACGAUUUCAAGGCCAAGUCUCCUCGGAACCGCGAUAAAGUGAGGGCGGAUCAGCCAUUGAUCGAAGUCAACGAACUCCCCAAACGACGAGACUUUCUACACCGCGAGGGUUUUCACAAGCCUUGCAAGACAUUGCUGCUGCUUCCAGAGUUCCUGACGGUCGAGCCUCUACCAUUGAAAUACGCCAUGUUGGCACUGUUCCUACCAGCUCUCAUCAACCGGGUUGAGAAAGCACUCCUCGCCGCAGACCUGAAGAAGACCCUACAGCUCGAUGUGCCCAACCAACUUCUUGUACACGCCACCACUGCAUCAGCUACCCGGGACCCAGUGGACUAUCAGCGCCUCGAAUUCCUGGGCGAUUCAGUGCUCAAAGUCCUCGCCUCGGUCGCGCUCAUGGACGAGUUUCCACUCUGGCCGGAGGGAUACCUCACGGCCGCAAAGGACCACGUGGUGUCCAACGGCACAUCUUCCAAAUCCGCGGCGGAGAAGCGUCUCAGCCGAUGGAUCAACCUCGCGCCCUUCACGGCGCUCAAAUGGAAGCCCAGAUACGCCGACUCCAACGUGACACCCCCGGACAGCAAGAUGCUCUCGACCAAGAUCCUCGCGGACGUCGUCGAGUCCAUCAUCGGCGUCUCGUACCUCACCGGCGGCUACGACCUUGCAACGCAAUGCUGCGCAACCUUCAACCUCGGUGUCGACUGGCCAUGGCACCCGCUCACCACCCGCGCAUCCCGCCUCCGCGCCAACGCCCUCUCCAACGCCAGCAAACAAGGUGCACGCACCUACCCACAGCACUUCACCGAGCUCCAGCAGCUCCUCGGGUACUCCUUCGACAACCCGCUCCUGCUCAUCGAGGCGACGACGCACCUCUCGUACGGCGCCGGCGGCGCCGGCGACGCAACCAACACCACGUCCUACCAGCGCCUCGAGUUCCUAGGCGACGCCGUGAUCGACACCGUAGUAGUCAACACUUUGUACCACUUCCACGGGCUAUCCACGCCUCUGACGCACAUCAACAUGCACCACCUAAAAUCCUGCUGCGUGAACGCGCACUUCCUCGCGUUCCUCUGCCUCGGCGCAACCACGACAAUCGAGCGCACAGAAACCAACGCGCACUCUGCGCCCACCCGCCGAAAAGUCGAGCUGCCGCUCCACCGCUUCCUGCGCCACAACAACCCAGAGCUGCGGCACGCACAGGACGCCUGCGCGCGCAGGUAUAGGAAGUGGAAGGACACCAUUGCGCAGCAGCUGGAGUCGUCGCCCGAGUACCCCUGGACGGACCUGCAGGAGCUCGACGCGCCAAAACAUCUCUCUGACAUCAUCGAGAGCAUUGUCGGCGCGAUCUGGGUCGACUCGAAUGGCUCGUUUGCGGCGGUCGAGGCGUUUCUGGAGCGCAUUGGCGUUAUGAAGGUCCUUAGACGAUUGGUUAGGGACAGGGUCACAGUUAAUCAUCCGCUGAGUAGGUUUGGGAUCAUGGUGGCGGAAGGGGGCAGGAUGGGUGUCGUUAAGUAUCACUGCGAACAGGAGGACGGCGGAUUGUAUUCGUGUGAGCUCACUGUCGACGCGGCGGUGUGGACCAAGGUUGAGAGGUGCGCGAGUAGGCAGCAUGCUAGGACGAAGGCGGCGCGUGCGGGGAUUGAGAUGUUUGGGGAGAAAGAGAAGGAGAGGAUCGCUAAGAAGAAGGCAGAGGAGGAGGAAGAGAGGAGGAGGAAGCUGGAGGAGGAGGAGCAAGAGAAGAGGAAGCAGGAAGAGGAAGAAGUGAAGAUGAAACAGAAGGAGGAAGUGGAGGUGGACGAGGAACUUCACGAAGAUGACAACGACGAUGAGGAGGGAGAGGAAGAAGAAUUCACAGACGCGCCGGAAGAUGGUCUCGACUCGCCCGCUGAAUUCGAGGUACACGAAACCCGCUCUCGGAUGGUAUUACGAUCGGCGGAUGUAUUACUCAAGAACCGGAAGGGACGGAAGGGCGGACUGAAGGUCUACGAGAGUAGCAGCGAAGAUACGGACUUCUUUGAUGCUAAGGACUACCAGUCGUCCGCGGUGUCGGAGGUAGGCGGAGGAGAUUAG